ACGCUGACUUCUCCUUCUCACUUGAGAGCAAGAUUCAAUCUGUUGAAUAUUUGUCUCUGCAGACGACAAGAGGAGGAGGAGGAGGAAGAGGCCGAUUCAGCUGCGGACACUGAAGGAAACAAGGAGUCUCAGUAAGGGACCCAGCGUUCAUCAAUCAGCUACUGACGGUUAUGGCGACCAUCGUGAUGGAGAGAAUUGGGCGAGUGUUCAUCAGCCUGCAGCAGAUCAGGCAGGUUCCCCGGAUGCUGACUGAGGCUGCACCCUCCAUGCCCGGCACCGUAAGAGACAUCGAUGUUCCCCACUACUUCAGGGAGCGCUACAUCGGCACCGGCUACAGACCACUCAACCAGAACUGGCGCUACUACUUCCUGUCUUUAUUCCAGCGCCACAAUGAGACCAUCAACGUCUGGACUCACCUGCUGGCAGUUUUAGUUAUUCUGAUUAAACUGCAACAGCUCACUGAGACUGUGGACUUUGUAGGUGAUCCGCAUUCGUGGCCCCUGAUGAUCCUUAUCCUGUCCUCCUUGACCUACUCGGCGUGCAGUGUAAUCGCUCACCUGCUGGGUGGAAAGUCUGAGCUGUGUCACUACACUUUCUUCUAUCUGGACUAUGUAGGAGUAGCACAGUAUCAGUACGGCAGCGCUGUGGUUCACUUUUACUAUGCUGUGGAUGAGGGCAUGCACAGAUACAUGCAUGGGAUCUUCAUGCCUGUCGCCACCAUCCUCAACUGUCUGUCAUGCCUUGGAUGCUGCUAUGGCAAGUACUGCAACCACAACUCGCCGCCGUGGGUGCGUAAGGUGUGCCAGGUGGUGCCUUCAGGACUUACCUAUAUGUGGGACAUCAGUCCUGUGGUUAAAAGACUCAUGUCAUGGUCUACAGCCAGCGAUGACCCUGCCCUUAUUUACCACUUUGGCCAAGUGGCGUUCUUUCUCAGUUGCACCUUCUUCUUCACCGUCCCUCUGCUGGAGCGCUGCUUCCCAGGGCGGUGCGAUUUUGUCGGACAGAGCCAUCAGGUGUUCCAUGUCUUACUAACGUGCUGCACCCUAUGUCAGAUCCAUGCCUCGCACCUCGACUACGUGGGCCGCAGGCAGCUGUACUCACAUCUGCAUGGGAGCAACGAUGCCGCUCUCUUUGUGGGGUUCUAUGUGGUCUCUUUGGUCGUAUGUGCGCUGAUAGUUACCUUCAUGCUGAGGAAAGUUAAAGAAGUGCUGAACUUGAAAAACAAGUGCAAAUAAUAGACCAGAUGUUGUAGGAACUAUAUGCAGAAGCAUUUAUGUGCCUUUCCUUCCAGACUUACUGACCGCUUGAUAGAAAGGGACCUAAUCAUACCGUAUGUGCUGCUGGCUUGUGUUACGUAGAUAGCUGCUGAAAUUUGAAAAUUUCAUGACAGUGCAGUAAGUAACCUACACGAGGGAUACAUAUUGAUAUCCUGAGGUAGUAUUUUGGUACUGAUUUGUAUUGGAUCUUUGAAAUAAUUCACAGUAUCAUAAUUUUUUUCAUUUAUCAGCAAAGGCUAGUGCUUUUACUAAAGAGUCAUAGUAAUCUAAAUCACAUACUCAAAACUUAAAAGCCACUGCCUACAGUAUAUAACCAUUUAUAAGCUCACUGCUGUAACUGAUAACAGUGGAUGACAUGGUCAUAUUUGUGAAAUCUGGUAUAAGUGGAAUAGCAUCUGAAAUAUGCAAAUAUUUAUUUUACAUAUUAUGAAAGUUACUGACUCUAGUUUUUGUUAUUUAUGCUGUCGCCGUAUAUUUAACCCAAAAUGUUGGGAUUUUAAAAUGAUAAUCAUGGAAGUGGUUCAAAGGUGAUACACCAGUGAUACUCAACCCAUGGUCUGUGGACCAAAUCUGGCCCCUGAUAGGGUGUUGGGUUGCUCGCCGACCAUUUUCUAAUUCACAAAAAAAUUUAGUUAAUUCACACUGAGAAUUUUUUUGGACUUUGAAUGUACAUAAGGUGCCAGCGUGCAUUAAAAACAUAAAAAUGGAGCUUGUUUCUAAAGAACAAAUGCCAGGAGGAUCCCCCGGACUCCCCAACGAAGGUCCUAGAGACCUAUGUACACCUGACCUGUGCAGGGAUUUGCUUCUUGGUAAAGGCGAGUUAGGUGAGCAAAUCAGGUUGAAAACAGGCAAUUCAUUUAUUACAUAUACUCAUAAAUAUUAGGGCUGUCAGAGUUAACAAGCUAAUCACGAUGCGAUCAAUUACCGAACAUAAUGCGUUAUUUUUUAAAAAUUCCAUUAAUCGCAUGCUGCUAAUUUGUCACUUCCGCUCACCCUUUUUUCUAGGUAAGCCACCACAGCGGCUUCCUGCUGCUGCAGUGAUGGAAGAUAACGACGACACUGUGCUUUUGAAAGGCUCAUUUUAUGUUAACAAACUCCCAGACGGCUCAGUUAAGAAGUCAAAAGUAAUUUGCACAUUGUGUCAAACAGAAUUAAAACAUCACCGAAGUACUUUGAGUUUGAGCUGCCAUCUAGGAGCUGAGCUCACAGGUACUCAAACUAAAUCGAAGAAGUCAACCACAGUGCUUGCUGAAUGGGUGGCAACUGACUGCAAAACAGUCAGCAUCAAGAACGUCUCCAGACUGUGGGAUGUCCUCAGGUCUGCAUGUUGUGACCAGUCAUAUAAGCUCAUACUCUGUCACAAGGAGAAAUAGUGUCACACAUACAGGACCUGUAAGAAUCAGAGAAAGCAACUAAACUGGAACUCCUAAAAAGUGCGAAUGCUGUCGCGUUAACCGAGGAUCAUUGGACAUCAGUGAGUAAUCAGUAUUAUCUUGGAGUAUCAACACACCAUAUCGGUACUGAUUGGAUUCACAUGUUCUGCAUAUUUUGUACACGCACUCGUGCACAUUUCUCAACGUAGAACCUCAAACACUGUACUUCAGAGAAUAAGCACUUUGAAGUUGUCUCCACUGUUGUGGCAGUGCAGCACUGAUUUGAAAGCAAUAAAUCUAAAAGUCAAGAUCAUAAAGUCAGUGUAUUUGCAUUCAUUUGAUUCCCAAUCAAGACAUUCUAGUAAGAACUGCUUCACCUGCAAAAUAUGGACUUCAAAAGAGUUUUGAAAUGAAAAAUAAUGAAAUGCGAUUGAAAAUGAGCUAGACAUUCGGCGAUUAAUCCUGAUUUUAAAAAUGUAUUGUUUGACAGCCCUAAUAAAUAUGGUUAACGUUUUGGUGGCCUCCUGUCACUUUGCAAAGUGAGCACCGGGCCAAGCAACUUGAGUAUCUCUGUGUAGGGCUGGGUAUCGAUUCAGAUUUUCCAGAUCGAUUCGAUUCGAUUUUCAAGGACUCAGUUCAGGAUUCGAUUCAAUUCAAUUCAGUUCAAAAUCGAUUCAGUCAAGUAUAUUUAAAUUAUGAUACAGAAUUUGCUUGGAUAUUAAGAUAUUUUCUGAGAACUAACAAAGUAUAUUUAACAAGGAACCCUCUGACUUGGUGCAUUACUAUUAAAAAUACUGUUUACAUUAAGAAUUGACCCCAA